AUGGACGACACAACGCACCGAGAGGAAUACGUUGCCUGGAAGAUGCAAGAUUUGACGGCCCUGAUGGAACAGCUCCCGAGCUUACAUGGGGGUGCCUCAGCCUGGCUGCUUCAGCUUCAGUCCCUAACUUCCGGGGUCCGGCUUGCCUUGGGGGACAUGAAGGCCUUAUUGGCUAGGUCAACCGACUACACGACCAUGAAUGCCCUAAUAAACACAGCAGGACUGGGAACAUUUGGGUCAGCAACAGAACCUGAGAAAUACAGAGUAUCACUGUGGAACGAGCUCAGAAGGGCAUAUCCCACCGAGAAAAAUUAUGCAACCCUUACCUCUUUUGCCAUGGAAGACGGGGAGCAGGCAGCUCAAUACCUAGAUAGGGCCAAGACCACCUGGAGGUCAGUCCACAUUGAACCCCAUGACCAGAGCGGAACUACUCUCAGCAUGUGGAAGGAGAUGGUGGUGAAUGGGACGCCGACAGAGGUGAAAAGCAAGCUAAGGGCCACAGUGGGGCUGAUGGCCUUGCCAACUGCUCAAUUCAAGUCCCAUGUCCACCAUCACAUCUCUCAAUACAACAAAGACAAAGGCACGGCUGAUUCACAAGUUCAGUCGCUGCAACUCCAGUUGCUCAAAUUACAAUUGAAUGAGGCCCAAAAGACCGCAAAGCCUAAAAAGCAAAUGGUGGCGGAGGAACCCACUGAUAUAGCCAAGAUUGUGACUCAGACCAUGAACCAGAUGUUGGUGGCCGCUCCAGCACCACCGACCCCCGCACAGGCACCGGUCGUAUACGCCGCCCCUCCAAAUCCAGGAGCCAACUACGGAUAUGAGGGUUACACCCAGCCUGGAUUUUCCAACCCACCUGGACCGACAUGGGGGGGACCGCCGCAAGCUAGAAGAAAUUGCUACAACUGUAACCAAGAAGGGCAUUAUGCAAGGGCCUGCCCCGCUCCCCUCUCACAGCAGCGCCAGUCAUACUUGGCCUACAGGGGGAGGAGAGGUGGACAACGGGGAAGAGGGGCCCCAAGGUACCCAGCCCCUGCCCAGGGAUAUCCACCAGCCCCUGCCCAGGGAUAUCAACCAGCCUACAACCCAGCGCCCCCUACCGGUCCCACCUUCCAGGGGAUGUCCGAGGGAUACCCCCCCAUGGGAAUGAGGCUGCCCACCACCACCAGUGUGGAGGUGUCGCUCGAUCCACCGCCAAGGGCCCGAAUCCUGAUGCUCCCAAUUCUGCCCGCACCUGCUCUAUCCACCACACAGGAGGUUUACUGGCUCAAAUGCCUACCAUCUGGACCUGGAACUCCUGCCAUCCAAUUUCAAUUCAACCAAUGGAGGAAGCUAAUAUACACCUUUCAUCCCUAUAAGACACCACAGGCAGAGUUGCACUGCACUCUCAACGUCACUGACGACGAAGACACGCCUUACACACAAGAUUGGGAUGAAAACAUGAUGCAUCUUACCCCAAACAUACGCUGCCUUACCAUCAUGUGCGGCCCUGAGGGGGUGGCAGCCCCAGUCAUACUCCCACACCAUAUUAAACCUUGGUAUCAACUGGGACCCGACUCUGCUCCACACGUGACCCUCGCAGUAGGGAAUGGACAUGAGGCCCGAAGUCUGGGUCCAAUGAUAAAAAGGGCCUCGAAACUCACUUGGGAAGCGACUAGUACACCAGGCCUGUUGAAGGCAACCACCGAAAAGAUGUGGCGGCUGACUAUGGUGGACACGGAAGAACGGUGCCAGCCUGAGCGUCUCACUCUCCCCAGGCACCACGGGAAACCAUAUUCUGAUCACCCUUCCUCCCCUGCUGUCUUGGAUUCCAUAGACAAGGCAAUAUGGACAACCACACCAUUUGACGUGGGAAAGUUACAGGUCCAACCAGUGCGCAUUACCCUAACCAAUCCGGCACAAGUACCAAUAUUUCGAACCCAAUAUCGACUGAAGCAUGAACAGACCGAGGGGAUCAGACCCACUAUCGAAGGCCUCCUGGGAGCUGGGUGCAUAUACAGGACUCUAUCACUCUGGAACACCCCCAUACUGCCGGUUCUGAAGGCAGGAGGAGAAACAUACCGGAUGGUGCAGGAUUUCCGGGCUGUAAAUGAAGUUACCACACCUAUCGAUCUCCCUGUUCCAGACCCACACAUCAUACUGAGCAACCUGUCACCCAAACAUCGGUAUUUCACCGUAGUGGACUUGGCCAAUGCCUUUUUCAGCAUCCCAUUGGAUAAGGCUUCCCAGCCACUUUUUGCCUUUACCUACGAGAAUCAGCAAUUUACCUAUUCCGUACUUCCCCAAGGUUACACUUCUUCCCCUGGAAUCUUCAAUCAUAUUCUGAAGACUCACCUGGCAGAACUGAAAAUCCCAGAAGGAGUGAUACUCAUACAAUACGUAGACGACCUGUUGCUGGGGGCUCCCACCUCAGACCUCUGUCUAGAAAUGACUAAAACCCUGUUAGACUUUCUGGCAGUCAAAGGCUACAAAGGCAAGAUGUCAAAAGUCCAAUCAUGCAGACGAACCGUUCUGUUCCUGGGAAGGGAAAUCUCAAGCGAGGGGGCCGGCCUCUCAAAAUCACACCGAGACUCAAUCCUACACCAUCCCAGGCCCAUUACUGUUUCAGGAAUGCUCUCUUUCCUGGGGUUGACGGGAUACAGCCGUACUCACAUCCCAGACUAUACUGAAAGAACUGAACCUCUGAGAGAAAUUGUUCGAGAAGCUGGCCCAAGAAACCUACAGGCCCCACUUACAUGGACUCCUGAAGCUUCAACGGCGUUUGGGCUCCUAAAGACUGACCUGUCUGUGGCUGCUGCUCUCACGGCACCAGACUACGGUAAAACAUUUCACCUGGAUGUUUCUGAAAAGGAAGGCUUUGCAUCCGCCGUCCUUUUUCAGAAACAUGAGGGGGAGAGAAGAGUACUCAUGUACCACUCUUCAAAACUUGACCACAUUGAAACCGGCCAGACCGCCUGUUCCAGAUACGUUGCGGCGGUAGCCAAGGCGAUUGAGAAGACAGCCCAUCCGGUAAUGUGCCACAAGAUGCAAAUACACACCCACCACGGGGUGGCAGCAUACCUCAUCAGCAAAGAAUUUACCUUCAGUGCGGACAGAAAAAACAAAAUCCAGAACAAAUGCACCCAGUCACACAUCACUUUUGUGAACACCGACAAGAACAUGGCAGAUGCACUCACCGCAGAAGAUGGCCUAGCACACUCCUGCCAAGAGAGGGCAGCACAAGAGCUCAAAUUGAGACCAGACCUAGAAAAUGAACCACUGACAUCUCCAGACCUAUGGCUGUACACAGACGGAUGUUGCUACAAGGGAGACACAGGAAACGUAGCUGCCUAUGCGGUCGUACAGCAGCUGCAUGACAAAACACAUGUCACGUUGGAAUCAGGAAUUAUCCCCCAGCCAGCAUCGGCACAACUUGCGGAAAUUGUGGCUUUGACUCAAGCUCUAGAGAAAGCCGAAGGAAAAACUGUAAACAUUUACACGGACUCGGCAUACGCACACGGAGCUGUGCACAUAGAUGGACCACAAUGGGUUAGGCGCAACUUUACCACCACAGGUAACCUACCCAUCAAGCACCGAGCCCAAAUGGAACGUUUGAUACAUGCCGUGUCCUUACCAAAGACAGUGGCCAUAAUGAAAUGCCGAGGCCACCAAAGACUGACCAGCAGAAUCAAUCAAGGAAAUGAUGCCGCAGACCUGGCAGCCAAGGCCGCAGGAGGAUACAGCCCCCGACAGAUGGUGCUCGGGAUAGAACCGGCAAGGACUGAACUGACAAGCCAACACAUACUAGAACUACAGGAAGAGGCAGGCCCUUACAAACAUUCGGUUUGGACACAGAAGGGAGGCUCUAAAGGACCAGAUGGAAUAUGGAGAUGCCAUGAUGGCCGACUGGUGGCUCCGGCUAAUCUCUGUCCAGAACUGAUAAGGGAAGCCCAUGGACCCACUCAUGAAGGGAAACUCAGAACUUUACAGAAGGUUUCGUACAUAUGGUGGCACCCCCACAUGAAGGACAUGACAGAUUUAUUCUGUGACGAAUGCAACAUAUGUGGGAGCCACAAUCCAAAGAAGCCUUACCAAACCCCGAUGGGGGCCUACCCGGUGCCAAACGCAUGUUUCCAAGACAUCAGUAUAGACUAUACAGACAUGGGAGAAGACAAUAUACACAAAGUCCAUGAGGGGGAGCUGACGGGAGAUCCGGAGCAACUGAGGGUAAAGGUCGGCGAUUGGGUAAGGAUCAAGGUCCACAAAAGAAAGUGGGCGGAUCCCAGGUGGACUGGACCGUACGAAGUGAAGGAGGUUACUUCACACUCAGUCCAGGUCAAAGGAGCCGAGGACCUUGUUCUGCGGAUCCAGGGAGUGAAUCCCGGAUAUAGGGGACGUUCCAGGAGAGCCACCACCCCAUCUAGUGGAGACCCCUCCUACAUAGACGCUAUCGGAGUCCCUAGGGGAGUGCCUGAUGAGUAUAAGUUAAUAGAUCAGAUGUUUCCUCUGCUGGAUAAAGACCUACUUGAAUUCGAGGAUGAGGAGGAGAGUGCCUAUUAA